GGAGUCUAUUUUGAUCAAGUUAGUAAAAGUAAUUGAAUUUGGUUGAUAUUGUUGAAUUACUUAAAACCGACAGUAGUAGACCCAACUUGGAGUUUGAGCACAGGCGAAUCAAGAGAGAGAGAAAGAGAGAAUUGAAUUGGUGAAAUACAGACGUCAAUGGCGAAAUCAAGUAGCAAGGAUGCUCAAGCAUUGUUCCAUUCUCUUCGUUCUGCUUAUGCUGCCACCCCUACCAAUCUUAAGAUCAUCGAUCUCUAUGUAAUUUUCGCGGUUUCCACUGCUCUCAUUCAGGUUGCUUACAUGGCGAUAGUUGGAUCAUUUCCUUUUAACUCCUUUCUGUCCGGUGUACUUUCUUGUGUGGGUACAGCUGUUCUUGCUGUAUGCCUUCGAAUUCAGGUGAACAAGGAGAACAAGGAAUUUAAGGAUUUGCCACCGGAGCGGGCUUUCGCAGAUUUUGUUCUUUGCAAUCUAGUUCUCCAUUUGGUUAUAAUGAACUUCCUGGGAUAAGGACGAUAUGGUUGGAGUAUUUUUGAUAAAUUUAUGGAGUUUUACCUUGUGUGCUUUAUGAGUAUACAACAUAGUAUCAGUUUUAGGCUUUUUCCUUGUUUCCUUUUAAGAAGCUUUUCAUAGACUUCUUAUGGACGAAAGGAUGAUUUUGCAAAUAGACAGAUCUGCUGAUCCAAGUUUAAAUCUUAAAACUCUUAUUUCCAGGAUGUGCAAAUUUCUUUGUCAAUUGUUUUGCUUCUAAAAACAUGAUAUUUACAAAGAGUGUUUGGUUGUUGGUUGUUGGCUGUUAGUUAUUAUAGUUGGUUUGUUUGAUCAGGUGAAAAUGUUAGUUGUUUUUAUUGUCUUUUAAGUUAGCUGAAAAAGCCAGUUGUUUGUAGA